GGUAUGCACCUUAAAGUUGUUUGCGAUCCGCCAGUAAUACCGAGAGAAGAAGAAGAAGAAGAAGAAGAAGAAGAAGAAGAAGAAGAAGAAGAAGAAGAAGAAGAAGAAGAAAGGAAGCAGCAGCAGACAACGAAGAAGAAGAAGAAGAAGAAGAAGAAGAAGGUCGCGACAAAGAGUUAUUUUCUGUAUAAUUGCCUGGUGCAAGCCAACAUAAAACAUUGUGUGCAGCAUCUGUGUCACCAUCUAUAAGUCAGAAUGAUCACCAGAAGAAAAGGCCUUACUCUAAACAACGUUGUUCAGCACCUCGACGGUGAACUUACAGAUGCCAUAGAGACGGUAGAAAGUUUACAGAGUCCAUCUGAGUGGUUGCCAACGGAGGAUGCCAACUCUGAACUGGAUGACUUGUUUGGAAUUGAAGACUUCAAAUGGACUUUUGAAAGGGAUACAGACUCGCCGUUCUUUGAUAUGGGAUUGGGUAUGUACAGCAGCAAGGAUCGCGAUUCUAGUAUAGCGUCCAAGACCCCGUCUCCUGAGAGAGUUUCUUCUGAUUCAAAGACUAAGAGAAGACACAGCCCGUCUGGCCACAUAAUUAAUAAAAAUGCCAUUGCUGCCAGAUUGAACCGUCUCAAGAAGAAAGAGUAUAUCAAUGGUUUGGAGAAGCAAGUGGGGUUUCUGUCAACGGAAAAUCACAUGCUCAAACAGGAAAACUCACAAUUGACCAAGAGAGUGGAAGAAUUAGAGGAUGAGACCAGGUAUCUAAGGGCCGUGUUGGCCAACGAGAGCAUGUUAGCCCAGCUCUUGUCCAGGUUGAGCGGUGUGAAUGGGAUGAAAUUAUCUUCCUCACUUUUACAGGGGCCCAACUCAAAUGACUAUGACCAUGACUAUGCCUUACCCAGGAAACGUGUGAAAGUGGAGGAGAAAGAGACAUCUGCUGGAGUGUGCCUGCACGUGGACAAGAACCACGUCUCUGUGGAGUUCUGCACUAAGUGUGCAGAGAGUGCAAGCUCGUCACUCAAAAUGUAGGGUCAAGUACUUCUCUCUGUUUUCAGAUAUUGAGACCGAACUUGAUAAGCCUCAGUUUAAUGAACUUCAAGGGGAUUGAUGAACACUGUUGAAUUAGUUAUGAUUACCUACAAAAAAAAUCUGCAAGAAUGUGCAUGUGUUGUAAAGUGACAAAGCCAAUAAUUGAAGUACAUGUUACUGCUAAACCUUGUUGACAGUUUUCUUCUAGGUCAUGGUUGAUCUACCAUGCGGGCUGAGUGGCUUUCAGAACAUCUUUACCUGCUUGACUCCAUGGUAAGGAUCAGACAAGAAAGGAUGCUUGUUAUGCUUUUUCUCAAAGGCCUGAGGGCAUGUUUUGAUGACCUUUUUUGUUCACUUUGGGUUUUUUUGUUUUUUUUAGCUCUCUGAAAGCAGAAGAUUAGUACUUGAAUGAUUAUUUCUUUUUUCUUUUUCUUUUUUGUCAAGUGUUUUUUCAAGUUGUAAUUAUUUUGUAAAUAAGAAUUAACUCAAAGUAACCAAAUGGAAUCGCAAGUUAUGAUAAAGUCAAGUCAGUUUUAUUUGUAUAGCCCAAUAUUACGAAUUUGCCUCAAGGGGCUUUACAGCAACACAGUAACACAAUAAAGGUGAAGGUUCACAAAGAGCGGUUUGUUGGCGAGUCCAAAUUGGCUGUCAAAAACGAGUUCUCAGGAAGUGAUACAGCGAAAAGUCUUCUUCAAGACCUUACUAUCGUUUUUGAGUUUAAUUUUUCUCUUUGUGAACCAGCACCAUUGUACAGAAGAAUAAUUUCAUAUAGCGCCACCUGUUUUUCUUUAUGCUUAAGUGGAUUCACCUGUUGGAAGUUGAAGAGGCUGGACACGCUGCUGCCAACGUGGCCUGGUAUUUUUUUAAAGGUAGUAUCGGUAACAAAUGGUGUAAGUGACCAGUACUCCACCACAUCCUUAGCUCGCAGUUGGAUGGCUCACGCAGCAUACAUUUGGGAUUUAAAACUGCUCCACUACUUGAGGCAUUUAUGUGUGAGGCCUAAUGGUCUCAUGAUAAUGCAUAUAGACAUUUUGGAAUGUUAUAACUUCAUCAGCUCCCAAAAUGACCUUUGUUGAAGAUGUGAAAUCAUCAGUUUUGUUAAGGAAAGCUUGUAAAAUAAUGUUGUGUUUAUACAGUAUAAUUUUGAUCUAAAUAAUGUUUGAGUAACAUUGGUUUGGAAAGUUGACGAAUAAAUCCCAUUUUCAUUAUACUUUCAGUUUAAAGCAUCUACUCUUUGUCUGUACUGUUGAUAUUAAUGCAUCUCUUUUUCUCUUUCUAAACAGCAAGCUCUCUGCAGAUAAAGAUCUAAC